ACUCGCCGAACCAUAUAUAUAAGCAUCUAAAUAAAAACCUAGGGCUGAGGUUUCCUCAGGCUUGGUAACUUCAAACUGGGCAGCGACAACACCCGACGACGGCUAACUUCCGACAACCUGCAAAGGCUUCCGGCGAGCUGUUUUAGAGAAUCGCGACUUGUUACUAUGGAAUACGGGUCAGUCCAGGAUCAAUCAGCAUCCACAUUUUCUUUGACUGAUGAGGAUCAUACUUUAGCGAAUUCCCUCAGAUUCGCUCUAAAUCAGGAUCCAAGAGUUACAUUCUGUGGGUACAGCAUUCCUCAUCCCGCAGAUGCUCGAGUAAAUAUAAGAGUCCAAACAACAGGUGAUCCGGCGACUGAGGUAUUGAAAGAUUCUUGCCAGGAUUUGAUGCUCAUGUGCCAGCAUGUGAGAAGCACCGUCGACCAAGCUGUUGCUGAUUUUAAAAACGCGCAAGCUCUCAAGGACAUGAAUAUUUAAAUGUUAUAAAAGUAAUUUGAACUAUUCAUCUCAAUAUUACAUGUUUGUUUUGUCAACUAAUGUAGAUGAUGAUAAACAUGUACAAUCCCUAUAGAGAUUUGAUUUCAUUUGCCUA